UUAUGCCUCAAUACGCGCUUGGAACAGCCACCGGCCCCCAAAUAAUCUCGCUUAUCGGUAUCUGGUGCAUCCGUAGUCCUCCAGGAAUCUAGUAGUGCUAUUUUGCAGCUUCGUUGUCGUUGCCCUUUUACAUCUCACUUAUGCACUCAAAAUGCCGCCAUGUCACGUUUCAGCUUCACUUCGGCGACUGCUUUCACCAAAUUAUUCUCUCAUUCGUCAGCCUUGUACAGCUCCUUGUUGGUGUAAUAGUUGGGCAAUAUAGCAUCGCCGGAAAUGGAAACGCCACCAAACCCCACCUCAAUGGUCCUCCAAAUCCGUUAUCGCAAUUAAAUUGUAAACAAAUGAGUGCCGGAAUCUUGGUUUGCGUUCCGAAGGAACUUGGAGGACCUUGAAGCGGGGACCACCAGGCAACCAAACCCGCUAGGUGU